AUGUCAAGCCUGGGGCGGCACGAGGUGCCGGCGCGCACAAUCAACCGUAGAGAGUUCAUCGCCGCUAUCUACGGCAUGGGACUGGGUGGCCCCAGUGGAGCCGUGUCCAGCAGCGACUUUCUGGUGAGAGGCGUGAGCUGCGGGGACGAGUCGAAACGCAAGUCCAACUCCUACAUCUUGCAGGGGGACCACCCCACGAACGCGGUCAAGGCGGCGGUUGGGAUGCUGGCCCAGCUGGACAGGAUCAACAAGUGGUCCGUCAAGCAGAGCCCCCCGCUGCCGGAGGUGGGCAUCCGGUGCGGCAUCCACACUGGCACCUGCCUCGUGGGUAACAUGGGCUUCGCGUCCCGGAUCAAGUACGGCGUCGUCGGCGAGAACGCCAAUAUCCCAGGGCGCCUGGAGGAGAUGAACAAGAACUACGGCACCAACAACCUGAUGUCCGCGGAGACGUACAAGAGGCUGGACCACACCCAGUUCGCGAUCCGGCCCAUCGACUAUGUGCAUCUCCGGCAGCGCGACCCGCCCGAGAGCGAGCCCGUCUAUGAGGUGCUCGGCGUGGGGGUGCACAGGAAGCUGAGGAUGCCCGUGCUGCAGGCAGUGGCGAAGAGGCACGCGGAGGCGAUGGAGCUCUACAUCGAGCAGAGGUUCAGCGAGGCGUUGCCUCUGUUCGACGAGGUGAACUCGAAGAUGCAGGAGCUCACGGGCUGCGAGGCGGACCAGCCCUCGGUCAUGCUCCAAGCGAGGCAUAUUGAUUGCAUGGAGAUCAGAGUCAUAGAUGUACCAACUCCGACAGAGUAUCCAUCCUGGCCGUAA